CUUCCCCUGCAUUCAGGUGUCAAGCAACAAAGUCAGUGGAGUUAGUGGAGGAUUUAUGGAACUAAGUAGUUGAGGUCAAGUUUGGGCAGUUUAGAUAAUUCUGUUUUGUCGAAUCAAUGUAUGGAUCUAUGAAUUGAUGUGUUCGGAUCCAAGGACCAUUAAAAUUAGACCUGACUUCAUUCACGAUACGUGAGGACAGAAUUUAAUUCUUCGAGUCCAGGGUCCAUCUUUCAAUAUUUACCUUUUGGCGUUACAUCACCGAGAUUUUACACAACCAUGGCGACUUUAAGUCGAAGGGCAAAAUGUUAUUUACAUUUAGCACGAACUGUUUUUCCUCAAAGAUGUUUAAUGAGUACAUCCCAAUCUUAUCCCAAGAUAACAACACAUUACACACGAUUUCCCAGAGAAUCUGACGAAAGAUGGAAGGAUGUGAACUUUGAAAGAUUUGCAGAUGAGGCGGAUGUUGUUAUUGUUGGUGGAGGUCCCGCCGGAUUAUCCGCAGCAUGUCGACUGAAACAGUUAGCGAAUGAACAAGGCAAAGAGUUACGCGUGUGUUUAGUAGAAAAGGCAGCCGAAUUAGGCGGACACACUUUAUCAGGGGCUUGUCUUGAACCUCACGCCUUGCAAGAACUUUUUCCAGAUUGGCAAGAAAGGGGGGCUCCAUUAAAAACCCCAGUUUCUGCAGAUAAAUUUUCGUAUUUAACUGAAAAGGGGAGAUUUAAUAUUCCAGUUUUACCCGGGAUGCCUAUCAAUAAUCAUGGAAACUACAUUGUGAGGUUAGGGAAUGUCGUCCGUUGGUUGGGAGAACAAGCCGAGGAACUUGGAGUAGAAAUAUAUCCAGGAUACGCAGCAAGUGAAGUGUUGUAUCACGACGACGGCAGCGUGAAAGGAAUCGCGACAAAUGACGUAGGGAUAUCCAAAGAUGGGGCUCCUAAAGAUACGUUUGAAAGGGGAAUGGAACUUCAUGCCAAGAUUACGAUGUUCGGAGAGGGAUGUCACGGUCAUUUAGCGAAGCAACUUUACAAAUCUUUUGAUCUACGAAAAGACUGUGAACCGCAAACAUAUGGAAUCGGAUUAAAAGAAUUGUGGGAGAUUGAACCAGAAAAACAUCAACCUGGACGAGUCGAGCAUACAGUUGGAUGGCCGCUAAAUAGAGAUACAUACGGAGGAACUUUCCUGUAUCAUUUAGACGAAGGGGCACCUUUAGUAGUGGUUGGCAUGGUGAUCGGUUUAGACUAUAAAAAUCCCUACUUGAGUCCCUUCCGGGAAUUUCAGAGAUUCAAACAUCAUCCAUCAGUUGAACCAGUAUUUCGCGGUGGUAAAAGGAUAGGAUAUGGAGCAAGGGCAUUAAACGAAGGUGGAUUUCAGAGUUUACCCAAAUUGACAUUUCCAGGAGGAUGUUUAAUUGGAUGUAGUCCUGGUUUUAUGAACGUACCGAAGAUUAAAGGUACCCAUAAUGCCAUGAAAAGUGGAAUGGUUGCGGCCGAGUCGGCGUUUGAAACUUUAUUUAAUGAAGAUUUGAUUUCUAAUUCCCCAACGAAAGGUUUAGAUCCAGAAUGUUAUGAAACUAGAAUUCGAGAAAGUUGGGUGUGGAAUGAAUUAAAAUCAGUGAGAAACGUUCGACCAUCGUUUAAUACUGGUUUAGGAUUAUUUGGAGGAAUUCUCUACACCGGUUUGUUUUACGUGUUAGGGCGUGGAUUUGAACCGUGGACCCUUUCCCACGGAGGUACAGACAAUUCGAAGUUGAAACCUGCGACAGAGUGUAAAGUUAUAGAAUAUCCGAAACCAGAUGGCGAAGUUAGUUUUGAUAUUUUAACAUCUGUAGCUUUAACUGGUACAAAUCACGACCACGAUCAACCCGCGCAUCUCACCUUAAUGGACGACAAGGUCCCUGUUGACGUGAAUUUACAACUUUACGAUGGGCCGGAGCAGAGAUUUUGCCCAGCUGGGGUAUAUGAAUAUGUUGAAACGGAAGAUGGCAGUGGAAAGAGACUACAGAUUAAUGCUCAGAACUGCAUUCAUUGUAAAACAUGUGAUAUCAAAGACGUUACUCAAAAUAUAAACUGGGUUUGUCCACAGGGUGGGGAGGGGCCAGCUUAUAAUGGCAUGUAAAUAGACCUAAUUAGUAAAUAAACCCUAGAGAGUGUGUAACUGUGAAAUUGACAUAUUUGAAUUAUGACAUCACAUGUAUCAAAACAUGGAAUACCUCGGGGAAUAAAAUGUGUGAAUGGUGGCUAUUUAAUGUUUUCUACAGAUUUAUGCUUUGUUAAACCGGCUGAUUGUCUUUGUCAUUUUUGGAACAAUACACAUGUAUCAAAUUAUGCUUAUUUCACACUUAAAGCAGCAUUAUUAAAGAUUAGAUAAAGAGCUGACAGUUCUCGCUAUAAUAGUUAAAAACUAGAUACUGAAAACAAAAUAAUAUGCUGAAAAUUUCCAUCAAAUUGCUUCACUCUGAACCGAGAUGUUAGCGACUCAAUUUUAGGGUAGCCUCGAUCGUCAUUACUACCCGUUGUAACGAUAAUCCAUUUUUACAGUUAAGUCUGAAUAAAUGAAUACUCGUUUUUCUAAACCCAGGGAUUCUGUUGUGUAUAAAAGUCACUUAAAAUGCAAGUACAUUGUACAUCUACAUGUACAUCUACAUGUACAUGUACAUUCACCAAGAUCUCCAAUUAGUUUAUUUAUGUUUCAGAAGGAUUGGUGGAUAUUUUGUUGUUUUGGAAUUAUAUUAUUAAAUUUGAACACAUUGUAUUAAUAGAUCAAUAUAUAUUUGUUUAUUUACAUUAAAUAUUAUCGAUGCAUUUA